AUGGACACGACAAAGAGCGAAUGGGAGACGGUUCGAUUGGUUUCCUUUACCGGUGGCGUUCCAUAUCCUCUUCACGAGACAUACCCUGUCGAGCAGCCACACAUGAUCGAUCUUGUCAGUGGAGACCGCUUCUACCGAACAGAGUCGAUUCGGCAGCCAGUAGCUGAAGACUUCCUUCAUCCCCAGCGUAAUUUCUCUGCCCCUCCUGUCAAGAUCGUUGAAGCAGAUCAACAUCUCGAUAUCAUCGAGCCCAUCGAGGAACAUGCCGAAGAUCAAACUCUCCCAGUGAUUGAGCCGGACUCUUACUUCCGCUACUUCCCUGACUCCUCCAAACACUCCACCCAUUCGGAUAUGAGUCGUCGAGACACUAUCACUACCACUCAGCCCUCAAACCUCCUUAAAGUCGGGCCAGAACCAAAGCGCUCCGAGUCUGCGGAAAACGGCAGGAUAGCUCAUAAUCCUGCACAGGCUAAGAUCCCUAACAUGGGCGCUGACGAGUUCGACCCAGCUUAUGGAGGGUUGCACAAGCUGCCCACUAUUCCGCUCAAGAAGGUGUCGAAGAUUAGUCGCAUUAGGCGCUGGCUGUCAGUAAAGGAUCGUCGAUAUGGUCGCGCUUCUCGGUGA